ACAAGGUAUAAGGAACAGGGCUCUUUUGGAAACUAAUUGUAACGCCGUGUAAUUUAAAUCACCAUGAAGGAGAGAAGGACCCCCCAACCCGCAGUGGUCAGGUGCAAGUUGGUGUUAGUGGGUGAUGUGCACUGUGGCAAGACUGCAAUGCUGCAAGUGCUGGCAAAGGAUUGCUACCCGGAGACUUAUGUACCUACUGUAUUUGAAAACUACACAGCCAGCCUGGAGACGGAAGAUCAGCGUGUGGAGCUCAGCCUAUGGGAUACAUCAGGGUCCCCCUACUAUGACAAUGUCAGACCUCUUUGCUACAGCGACUCUGAUGCAGUGUUGCUUUGCUUUGAUGUUAGCCGGCCAGAAAGUUUAGACAGUGCUUUGAAAAAGUGGAAGACGGAGGUCAUGGACUACUGCCCCAGCACAAGAAUACUUCUCAUUGGCUGUAAAACAGAUCUGCGCACUGAUCUCAGCACAAUCAUGGAGCUCUCUCACCAGAAGCAAACACCUGUAUCAUAUGAACAGGGUUGUGCUGCAGCCAAACAACUCGGAGCAGAGAGCUACUUAGAGUGUUCAGCUUUCACAUCAGAAAAAAGUGUGCACAGCAUAUUUCGUGCUGCUUCCUCAGUGUGUCUGAACAAGCCUUCUCCACAGAGUCGCAAAAGUCCAGUCCGGAGCUUAUCAAAGAGACUGCUAAAUAUGCCAAGUCGUUCUGAGCUAAUUUCUUCAACAUUCAAGAAAGAGAAGGCCAAAAGCUGCUGUCUGAUGUAGGACCUUAGCUUGGUGUACAGCUCAUGGACUCAUUUAUCAGACUCCGGACAUUUCCCCUGCAUUCUAGAUCACCACUGGAAAAAGGCCUGGGCCCUGGGGGUGAAGCUUCUGGAGUUGGUAACCUCUUCCCCAGGAUUGCGCUGGCACGGAGGCUUUGACGAGAAGGGCUGAAGAGAUUUGCACAAAAGACUGACUGCACAUGAAGGAAAUGUAAACCUAGAAGUGGGUGGGGUUUAGUGACCACUUUAAAAAAAAAAAGAGAAGCUGCUUUUAAUAGAAUUAUCCCAUAACAUAUCUCCUGGUAAGUCUCUAGACUUACCAAUAAAAUAUCAUUGCAGUGUUAAUCCUGUGGUACUCUUGCCUGUACUCCGAUGUACGGGUCGCAGCUGCAGCGGAAGCUAACCGGUAAAGUAGCGUCUACCCCUUCCCUGCGUUGCAAGGACUUUAAGUUAUAUCUGACUUUUUUUUUUUUUUUAAAUCAAAUGUCUGUAUGUGCUUGAUCUGUGAUACUAAACUUAUUUAUUGAACAUGGAGGAAAAAACUAUUUCAGAGACUCUUGGUAUUAGGAUAUCAAUAAACCAGUUUUACAAAA